UGGGAGCGAGGAAGAGCAAACACGAAGCGCAACCACUCGUCCCUGGGAAGACGCAGUCAUCUCUCUCUCUCUCUCUCUCUCGUGGUUGGAUGACAGCUUUUGUAGGAGAGCCUCGAGCGGCGAAGCCAAAUGGCAGCCACCCUCAAUUUCUCUACCAUACUAACCCCACGCCCUCCUCCUCCUCCUCCUCCUCCCUCUCCCUCGAGAGAGGGCCAUCUCUGAGCUGGCCUCAUUUGGCUUUCAUUUGAGGCCUCUCAUGUGAUGCCGCUCUCUCUUCGCCCUCCUAUCCACUCCUCACCUCCCUCCCUCCUUCCUUCCUCCGCACCACUCUCGAACCAAUCUUAAUCGGAUCGGCUUUACCAAGGGAGAUAAUGGCGCCGUCUCCGAUCCUCGAGACUAGGCUCGACCUUCCUCUCUUCUGAUCUCCGAGACCUGUUCGGUAGAAGCUUCGGUCGUACAUUGAGGUUGGAUCCUGACAAGAGACAAAAUGAACGACCUACUCUCCACCACCUCCUUCAAGAAGUACACCAACCUGAAGCAGCAGGUGCAGAUGGACCAGAUGGAGGCGGGCAUGAGCGAGAUGGGCGCCGUCGCCGGCGUGAACCUCGAGCAGUUCUUCGAGGAGGUGGAGAGCGUGAAGAAGGACCUGCGGGGGCUCGAGGGCCUCUACCGCCGGCUGCAGGACGCGAACGAGGAGAGCAAGACGGUCCACAACGCGAAGGCGAUGAAGGAGGUGCGCGGCCGCAUGGACUCCGACAUCGGGCUGGUGCUGCGGAGCGCGAAAGCGGUGAAGGCCAAGCUGGAGGCACUGGACCGGUCGAACGCCCAGCACCGGAACGUGCCGGGCUGCGGGCCGGGGUCGUCGGCCGACCGGACCCGGACGUCGGUGGUGAGCGGGCUGGGCAACAAGCUGAAGGACCUGAUGGACAGCUUCCAGGGGCUGAGAACGAGGAUCGCGGAGGAGUACAAGGAGACGGUGGGGCGGCGGUACUACACCGUGACGGGGACGCACGCGGACGAGGAGACGAUCGAGACGCUCAUCUCGUCGGGGGCUAGCGAGACGUUCGUGCAAAAGGCGAUACAGGAACAGGGACGGGGCGAUGUGAUGGACACGAUAUCGGAGAUACAGGAGCGACACGACGCGGUGAAAGAGAUCGAGAAGAGUUUGCUGGACCUGCACCAGGUGUUCCUGGACAUGGCGGCGCUGGUGGAGGCGCAGGGCCACCAGCUCAACGACAUCGAGAGCCACGUCGCGCACGCCAGCUCCUUCGUGCGGCGGGGCACCGUGGAGCUGGAGACGGCACGGGAGUACCAGAAGAGCUCCCGGAAGUGGGUCUGCAUCGGCAUAGUCGCCGCCGCUCUGCUCAUAUUCAUCCUGUUGCUCCCUCUUCUACCAACCUUGAUUACCUUGCUUAGAUAGAGAGAGAGAGAGUGUGUGUGUGUGCCGUGCAUAGAGAGCAAGAGGCAAGAGGGAGGAGCAGCACAAUUGCCCUUUUUCUCUAACAAGUCAUCCCCAGGAUAUUAUUCCAUUUGUCUUUCUUUCUUGGAUGCUGCUAGAUUCUUUGGUGAAUCUUGAUAUCCUUGUAAUGGUCUCUCUUGAUACCGAAUCUUUACUCUCUAAAUUUUCUUCAAAUGGUAAAAGCGACGAAGGUCAACAUGCUUGCGGCUAACUUGCCAUGUUGUUUAGCAGUCGACAUGUUAAUGCACCUCAAGUUAUUAUGAUGUCCGGAUUUUGCAGACGGACUUUCUUGCUUUUCUGUUGAUGAUCGCACCAUUGAUAUGAUGAGUGUCUGACUUCUUUGCCAUAUU